CUUCUCCACUGCACAGGGUACAUAUACUGUAUCCUCGCUCUCCUCGAUGGAUUGAGCAAGCAAGUCUUCUUCUCUCUCUUUUUUUUUUUUUGUUGUGCUGGGCACUCCUUUUUCAGCAAACAUGUUCAUCCUUCCAUUCCUUUUGGCUGCCGGCAGCCUCCCCCUCAUUUCUGGGGCGCCGAUAGCAUCCUAUCUCUACAAGAAGUCUGCAACCGCAGAGUCCAGUCCUUCCCUCAGUGAACGCAGUUCCGAUCUUUACGAAGCAGUUUUUGGUGGUGAUGGUUUGGUGUCUGAUGGGUGGCCCUCGAUCACCGAGUGGAUCUCCACCUUUGACGAUAUGUUUGAGUCCAACUUGGAUGUCAUGUCCUCGAGCUGUGCUCAAUUCGGUGAGACAGACAACUCCGACGACGAGAACGCCAACGUGAAGAAGGCCAUUGAAGCAGUUGCUUCCUCCAGCGGUGUCGACGCUCGUUUCAUUCUGGCCAUCGUUAUGCAGGAGUCCAACGGCUGUGUCCGUGUCCAAACCACCGACAACGGUGUCGUCAACCCCGGUCUCAUGCAAAGCCACGACGGAACCGGUUCCUGCAACAAGGAUGGUACCGUUCAGAACCCCUGCCCAUACAGCGAGAUCCACCAGAUGAUUGUCGACGGUGUCGAAGGUACCUCCGAGGGUGACGGUCUCAAGCAGAUCCUCGCCGAGGAGGGCGGCUCCACCGCCACCGACUACUACAAGACCGCUCGUGUCUACAACUCCGGCUCCGUCGCCUCGGACGGCAACCUCGGCCAGGGUGGUGCCACUGCCUGCUAUUGCUCCGACGUCGCCAACCGCCUCUUGGGCUGGUCUUCCGGCACAAGCAGCUGUGACGCUGAUACCAUCGGCGAUUUGACCGGUACUAGCUGGACAGGCAGCAGUAGCAGCUCUGGAAGCUCUACUUCAGCCUCAGCCUCCGCCGUCGCCACUUCCACUUCUACCUCGAGCACCGUGCCAGAGCCCACCGUGGUCUCCACCACUACCCCCGUCGCCACUGUCACUCCCACUGAGACCCCCGUAGCUGCUACCCCGACCGCCGAGGCAACCACCACCGCAGCUGCAGUCCCCACUACUGUUGCCGUGAUCCCCACAGCCGCCGUUGUCCCCACCACUGUCCCUAGUGCGACCCCUAGCGCGUCCGCAUCUGCCUCUGCAUCUGCAUCAGCCAUCCCUAUCUACCCAUACGCAUCUUCGUCUUGCACGGAGUACCAUGCAGUAGUAGCAGGCGACUACUGCGAAAAAGUCGAAAGCCAAUACGGCAUCACUGCGUCCGAGUUCAUUAGCUGGAAUUCUGGAUUGGACGAGACCUGCACAAAUCUCUGGAAGGGAUACAGAUAUUGUGUGAAAGCAUAAUUGUCUCCUUCCCUUGCAUUUCAU